AGCGCCAGCGAUAUACAGGUGUACCGCUCCGCGAUAUGAUAAAAUACUCACGUAAAUGAAAACCAGUUUUCUUACCAAGUUUAACUGAAACUUAUUUGAUAUCGUGAAAGAAUUGUGAUUUGUUUAAGUGAUCCCUGGGUUUAUGCGAGUGUUAUAAGUGUUUCGAAACAGUGACAAGUUUUCUUGUGUUGUGUGUACGGUCCUUGAAUCGGAGGCUUCGUUCCGUUUCUUUUUCGUUUUAGAGACGAUUAGUGCCAAAGAUCUCGUUGUUUCCGAGGAAGGUGGAUAAUCGUUCGAACUGAAGGUGCCGACGGCCAUGAUGGCGCCAAGCGUGACGCAGCGCACCAAGUCGCCACGCUCGCCCGGAAACCUGCCCAGGAAACUACAGAACGGGUCAGAAGCAGGCCAGUCGGAGCCAGCAGCGGACUCCAGCCCAGGCAACUCCAUCUCUGACGUGGAGAACUUUGAGUGCUACGGUGAAGCUGAUGCUGAUGUGUCCUCCAAUGCACUAGAAAACGGUAACCGCAGUCCCGGUAACCUGAACCGGCACUCGUGGACGCGAACCAGCCUUCGACGGUCACAGCCGAGCCACCAGGAGAACCUGCCGCAUCGGCGAUGGGGCUCUAUGAGACACUCUGGGAAGCGGCAAAUCGGAUCCAAUGUCUUAGCUAGCCAAUUAUAUCGUUCGUCGUCGUUCAACUCUUCGGGCUGCGGCUCAGGAGGGGAGCCGGCGGAUGAUAUGUACUCUGAUGUUUCACUGGAAGAGGAUGUUCAAGGACUUAAUUAUAAGGUGCAACUGCUACAGCAACAAGUGACGUCACUGGCCGACACGCAAAGCACGGCGGACGAACGCUACGCGCGGGCGAAGGCCGACAACGCGGUGCUACAGGCGCGGGUACACAUGCUCGACGAACAGAUACGGGAGAUCGAAAGCCGAUGCGAAGAGCGUAUAGCGGAGGAACAGAAGCGAUGUCGAGAAGCGAUAGCACGCGUCGAGCGAGACAGAGACGCACAGCUCGCAGCGUUCAGCGACAGGCUAGCAGCAGCUGAGACAGAAGCUUCCGAUCUCAAACAAGAGGUUGGAAGACUCAGAGGCGUAGCGGAAACAUUACGCGCGAACGCCGACGCGGCGCAACGGGCGCACCGCGAAGCCCAAGAACAAGUUGGCGAACUAGUCGCCCAACUGAACGUAGCCAGAGAGAACGAACGGAAGGAACGAGAGUCUGCCGCCGCCGCGACCAAUCUGUUGGCGUCGGCGAAACUGGAGCUGCAGAAGAUGAAGGAAACGCCUCCGCCGCCGCCGGACCCGAGACUGGAUGAGCUCAGGCAGGAACUGACGCUGCUAAGGACGCAGAAUAAAACUUUAUCAGAAGCGCAAGAGGAGCUGCAGGCACAGAUCCUGACGCGCGGCGUGGAGGAGGGCCGCAGCCUGCUGGACGGCGUGAGUGGGCCCCUCGUCGCCAACUCGCUAGCCCACGAGCUCUCGCAGAUGAGCGACGACCAGCUCGAUGGUAGCGAUACACAAACUGAUCACAGCAUAGAGUUGGAAAAGUUACAGAAAGCGUUGAAGGAGCAGCAAGAUGUCAACUGUCAGCUAAGAAAUUACAUUGACGGUAUCCUGCUGUCGAUCGUCGAAAACUACCCUCAACUACUCGAAGUCAAGCACGCGAAACCAAUAGACAUGAAGUCAUAACAGAGUCCGUACUAAAUUAUAAUAAAUUGGUUAAUUUGAAUUUUUUAGACAAUUUCGACUAACAAAAUAAUCUUAUUUAAAUUUGAUAUUGAUUGAACUACUGUGAUAAACGAAAAUUAUUUUGUCCAUUUCUUUGUAAAGUUCAAUGAAAUUAUUAAUUAUAGUACUUAUUGUUUUUGACUAGUACUUUAAAUCCUGAAUGAGCUCUUCCAACUUAUUUGGUCAUGCCAUGAACGCAAGUAUAAAUUUUAUAGCGUAAAAAUUGUAAAUAUUGUAUAGAAAUUACGUUAAGAUAUAAAGAUAUAAGCAUAUAAAAUAUAGAUAUUGUUCCUUUGUCUCAUCAAAAUAUGUUUGUAAUUAAUAAUGCAGAUCUGUGUUAAAUAUUGUAAAUGAUAUUUGAGCAAGGCCAGGCCGUCCAUAAAAGAUUUUAUAGAUACAUAUAUAAGUAGUUACGAUUAAAAGCAAUUUUAUGAAAGACUGGAGUGUAUGAGAAGAGGUGCGAUACGACUCAUUUAGUCGUCUAUAAUUUUUAAGAGAUUGCUAUAGAGAAACACAGACUAUAAAAGUAUACUAAUAGAUGAGCAAUUUAAAAAUAUUUUGAUGAACUCUAUUAUUUCAAUAACAAGAAGCGCUAACACGGCGCGCGGCGCAUAUGGCUAUCAAAGCCAAAGUUGUGUAAUACCAUAGUAAAUCAAGUUAAGCCUUAUGAAGUGGCAUUAUACUUUGCACGUCUAUUAGUAUAAUUGUCUGUGAUAUACAUAGUUAGAACGCAUUCUACAAAACAUGUUUGAAGAAAGUCGCGUUCCCUGAAAUAAUAUUAACAACUAUGAUAUUUAUACCUACUUAAAAGAAUGUACCUAUAUUUUUACAAUGAUAUAUUUAAAUUGUAUGUAAAAUAAGUAGGUAGUAGUAAAUUAAGCAUUUGUGUACAUUUUGAUAACAUGGUUAAUGUAAAUCUAACAGAUGUUCAUGUAACAGUCAUCGACUUAAAUUAAAUGAAAGGUAUAAAA